GUCAUAACUGCUAGGAGAGGACAAGAGGACGCGGAAGGGGAGCGCUAGGAAGUGGGCUCCAUGGGCGAGGAGAAUGUGGAGCUGGGGAUGUCGGGGCGCAGGAUUCGGGCCUGGAUCCGAGGAAGAUCGCUCCGCCUCGCCGCUCGGAGGCAGGGGAAAGAUAAUGCCAUGGACCUGGCAGCGCUGCGGAAUGACCUGCCCACCACCUUGGACAACCUCUACCAGGACCACCUGGAGCAGGACCGAGCCCGGAGCCUGCCCAAUGGCCAUGCCUUCCCCACAGGCGAGCGGGACAAGGCCGGGCUGCUGGCCGGCAGCGACAUGAAGCGCUCACAGCCACUGGUCAUCCAAGUCAACAGGAAGUUGAAGGAGGAGGAGCCGCGAGCCUCGUCACUGCCGUCCAUCCCCAACCCCUUCCCCGAGCUCUGCAGCCCCUCCAAGUCACCCAUCCUCAGCAGCCCCUCGGCAGGGCAAGGCCCCCAGCAUGAAAGCGGCCCCCACGUGGUAAAAGUCUUCAGCGAAGAUGGCACCUGCCGCUCACUGGAGGUCACGGCCGGCACCACGGCCCACCAUGUCUGCGAGAUGCUGGUGCAAAAGACUCACGCCCUCCACGACGACAGCUGGUCCCUGGUGGAGCUCCAUCAGCACUUGGUUCUAGAGCGGUGCCUGGAAGAUCAUGAGUCAGUGGUGGAGGUCCAGGCCACGUGGCCCAUUGGGGGAGACAGCAGAUUUGUCUUCCGGAAGAACUUUGCCAAGUAUGAGCUGUUUAAAAGCUCACCGCAGUCCCUGUUCCCCGAGGUGAUGGUCUCCAGCUGCUUGGAUGCCAACAAGGGCCUGUCCCACUCAGAGCUCAUCCAGAACUUCCUCAAUUCCGGCAGCUGCCCAGAGAUCCAGGGCUUCCUGCACCUGAAGGAGGUUGGGCGCAAGGUCUGGAAGAGGUUUUACUUCUCCCUCCGGCGCUCAGGGCUUUACUACUCCACAAAGGGCACAUCUAAGGACCCACGGCAUCUACAAUAUUUCGCUGACCUCAACGAGUCCAAUGUCUACUUCAUCACACAAGGGAAAAAGCACUAUGGCACGCCCACCGAGUUCGGCUUCUGCAUCAAGCCCUACAAGGUGCGCAGCGGCAUGAAGGGCCUCAAGCUCUUCUGCAGCGAGGACGAGCAGAGCCGCACCUGCUGGAUGGCCGCCUUCCGCCUCUUUAAGUAUGGCGUGCAGCUCUACAGGAACUACCAGCAGUCCCAGUCCAGACGCAGCCACCAGUCCUGGAUCAGCACCACGCCCCUGAGGAGCAUGUCUGACAAUACCUUGGUGGCCAUGGAUUUCUCGGGGUGCACAGGCCGGGUGAUUGAGAACCCCAACGAGGCGCUGACGGUGGCCCUGGAAGAGGCUCAGUCCUGGAGGAAGAAGACGAGUCACCGCUACAGCCUGCCAACUCCCUGCCAGGGCUCCCCGCUCAGCACAGCCAUCCAUCGAACGCAGCCGUGGUUUCACGGGCGGAUCUCAAGGGAAGACACACAGCGAUUGAUAAUCCAGCAGGGAUUAGUGGAUGGGGUGUUCUUGUUGCGGGAAAGCCAGCGGAACCCCAAGGGGUACGUCCUGUCCUUGUGCCACCUACAGAAAGUCAAGCACUAUCUCAUCCUGCCAAGCGAGGAAGAGGGGCAGCUUUACUUCACCAUGGACGAUGGCCAGACGCGCUUUGCCGAUCUCAUCCAGCUGGUGGAGUUUCACCAAAUCAACCGGGGCAUCCUGCCCUGCAAGCUCAAACAUUACUGCACCUGCAUUGCCUUGUGACAGGCCCCCGGUGGGCGUCAGGGCUCUGCAACGGGCCACAGCCAACGCACGGCGACCAGAAUGAGGAUCAACUCAAACUUCCGCCCCUCGCCCCACUUGGGCCAGGGCAGCGGUGGCCACAGGGGAUGGACUUGGCUCGUGCUCCAUCCUCUAUUGCGGUGUCAGUCACCACUCAGCCCCGUCAAGUGAGCACCAGCCAGGUGAGAGGCCAGGAUGGCAUCCUUGGCGCCCAAGGAGCCCGAAGGACCGAAAAUCAUUGUUCCAAGUCCUCGCCCCUGUGCUUCCACCAGCUCAUAGCCUCACUGCUGCCCCUCCCUCUGUGCCCGCGCUCCCGUCUCUUUCUGCCCCCAUAUCCUUCCGCUCUGAUCUUUCUCUGCCCCUCCCUGUAUCCCUCCGCUCCCAUCUCUUUCUGCCCCCAUAUCCUUCUGCUCUGAUCUUUCUCUGCCCCUCCCUGUAUCUCUCUGCUCCCAUCUCUUUCUGCCCCGUAUCCCUCCGCCCCAUAUCCUUCCUCUCCGAUCUUUCUCUGCCCCUCCUCCCCUGUGUCCCUCCACUCCCAUCUCUCUCUGCCCCAUGUCCCUCUGUCCCAUAACCCUCCAUGUCUGUAUUCCCCUUCCCACCUAUAUCCCUGCGCCCUCAGCUCUGCCCCAAUAUCCUCUAUAUGUUUUGAUCCUAGAGUUUCUCCUCCCUCCCCAGCAGCUACUCAGUGUUAAUGGUCAUAUUCUCUGUGCCCUUGGGAAGCCAAGCUGGGAGCUUGGGGAUGGUCCCGCUUGGUAUGUCCCAGCACUCUCCCUGCACAGGGCCGUGGAUGCUCUGUUCUGCGCCCUCCUCCUGGGCCCCUGCUGCCUCUUGGCUGGGUUUCGGAGCACCUCAUCCUUUGGGAAAAUCUACCCACUCGUGCACUUUCUCCCCUGGGUUCCGACCUCUCUGGCCAGUGACAGCUAGGAGCCGAGCCUUCUCUUCAGGUUUCCACUUCUUUCCAUCAGACCAGUGCCAGAGUGGCUCCUUCUAACCUAGACCACUGGCCUCCCUGGGGGUCGGAGUCCAGACCCUUCUGUGCACAGACUGAGGCUCACCUUUCUGCUCCCCGUAGUAGCAACCUGCCUGAGGGCAGUCACCAUUCCCCGGCCAUGGAGAACUGUAUGUCGGGGGCAGCAGACCCUGAUAGAUGCAGAUCCCACACACAUGCCCCCUGUGUGGGAGUGGCCACGUCUCCCCUUCUGGGCUGGCGGGUGAAGCCGGCAGGCCCGGUCACAGCAAGAAACAGCACCCAGCUGUUUCUGUGCCAGCUGGGGUUAGCGGAUGGGUUAUCAGGCUGCAUGGAGAGGCCCGGGGGGGGGGGGGUCAGGGACGUCAAUAGUGAUAGUAGAUAACGUUCCGCCAACAUGCCAUGUUCCCAAUCCUCUGGGAGGAAGUCCCUCCUUGGGAACGAGGCGGAAGCUAGCGUC